AUGAGGACCCUAACUAUUCUCGGUGCUUUGAUCCCCUUCCUAGUUACAGCGAAUGCUGCUUCUAGCGAUGCAGGUGUGAAGACCUUGAGAUUGAGCGGAGCUGAACUCCAGAAUCUAGCGGAUGUGGUUAAAAGUCAUAGUCUCGUGGACAAACUUGCCGCUGAUCAGAGUAUUACCUGCAUUGUGGCUUACACCCUAGCGCUAAAAAUUAGCUCAUGCAAGGUUUAG